CCUCGUUAUCUGAACUUUGGCGUGAUUUCUGUCAAAAUAAAAGGACCGUACACGUGAUAUGCUGCUUAUUUUAAAAACUGUUCGAGACAUCAAAUAAUUUACUAUGGAGUUUAUAAAUAAGGAAAUUUGGCCGGAGGAAUUUUCUGGGGCUGUUUACGGAUUAACAGUGGUUUUCUUAUCAUUUGUAGGAUUUUAUGUUUUAAGUGUUUUUGCCGAAUUGUUGCUACCGAAAGCUGCCGAAAAGAAUGCUUGGAAAUGGAAAAACAUUUCUACAUCACUUGUUCAUUCAGUCAUCACUGGGUUUUGGUCUUGUUUAUGUUUCUACGACAACCCAAAGUUGGCAGAAGACAUGAUCAAGACUCACACAGUAUUGGCGCACACUUUGAUCAGCGUGUCUGUUGGUUACUUUAUAUAUGAUACCAUUGAUAUGCUGAGAUACCAGAGAAAUAGACAGUCCUUUGAAUUGAUGGGACAUCAUGUUGUGAUCAUCAUCUGUUUUGGUGUAUCCAUCGUAUCCAGGAUGUAUGUUGGUUAUGCUGUGGUUGCCUUGGUGAUAGAGCUAAACAGUAUUUUCCUUCACCUUAGACAGAUUUUACAAAUUUGCCAGUUUAAAAAAGACAAUAAAUUAUACAGACUGAAUAGCAUUAUCAAUUUAGGAACAUUUGUGGGGUUUCGUAUUUCGGUGAUGGCUUGGAUGAGCAAAUGGCUGUUGAUCAACAAAGACCUUAUUCCUUUUGUGUUUUACACCCUUGGCAGCAUUGGACUCGCAGUGAUGACAAUUAUGAAUAUUGUGCUGUUUUAUCGUCUUCUGCAGAGUGAUUUUAUCCGCAAGAAAGAAUCCACCGUCAAAGUGGACUAAUCUUCGUAUAUUAGAUAGCUUUUACUCAUUAAUGUGUAAAUUAAUUAAUUGAAGUAUGAAAGUGUUUGAAUGAAUUUUGUGUGUGUUAAUGGAAAGAUGUUAUUUUUAUUUUCUAAUUCAACAAAUUAAGACUUCUAGAUGUAAGGUCUGAGUGUUUGUCAUGAUACUUUUGAAUACAUGUAUUUUGUCAUGAUUAAGUUUUAGUCUGACUGAGUCAAUGUAAUAGUGUGCUUGAUUUGUUGAAGAUAUUGCAGUGUUUUGUAAUCAAAUUCUGCCAGAAUGUGUCAGUAGUAUGAUUUAUGUCAAAAUGUAAUCCAUCUAAUGAAGGAACAUCAUUCUGUAAUUCUAGGAAGAAUUCAAUCUUUGUUCAUUAAGGUAUCUUGCAUUGAGCAGUCCUUGUUAAAAGGAAAUCAAAAUUUCACUGUUAUGGGCAAUAACCAUACAAUUUUAAUUCAACAUGAAAUGACAUCACUGUCCUCUUCAUUAAUAUGUUUAAAUUUGUGGCAUUUGUAUAUCAUUUUUGUAGCUGUAAUGAAAGUUUUUAUUUAAAAAUUUUGAAAUAUAUAAUUCACUAAAUAUGAUGGAAAUCUGUAAUUGGAAAUAAAUAUUUUAAAAUGAUUAGAAACUUUAGAUUGGAAUAGUUAAUACACAAAGAGUACAAUUUUACAAACAUUAUGUUGAAUUUCUGGGUAUUUACAGGGUAUUUCUUGGCGUUCACUCAAGUUUUCAAACAUACUAUACAUCAAUUUUGUUUUUAAUUGGAUCCAUGUAAAUUAAUGACUAUCCACACACUUGUUAAUUGUUUAAAUGUGAACAAAAAAAAAAUAUGUUAACCUUGAAAACAAUUUCUGAAUUUACUUCCGUGCUAUUUUUGUUCUUGGUAAAGAUAAAGGGAAAAAAUGAGUUUGUAACAAAGAUAAAGACCUGGUUUAAAGUAUUAGGUAUGAAUAUACCCUAGAAGUUAAAUAGAAGUAUGCUUGGAAGGGGACCAAAAUACCUCUAGAAAUGAAAGAGUUUGAUAAGAUGAUAAUUUUUUUUAGGUAAACCUCUGUAAGGUUGGAUAUUAUGAAAUGUAUGAAGGCUGUAAGUUUGUGGAAUGAAAAGUAACAUUUCAAAUUUAACUCUCCAUUACGAUUGUUAACUAUCAGACGAGCAAGCUUGCUUAUCUGAAGAAGCAGAGUAACAAAUGUGUUAAUUUAAACCAAGGUUAGUUAAUGUAUCUCAGGGGUGUACUUGACACAAGAUAUUUCUGAGAAUUUUUUUUUUUUUUUUAAUUUGUUCUGUGUAGAAGAAUUUUCAAACAUCAGAAGAUAAAAAUAAAAUUAAGAUUUAGAUUUAGAUAGUUAAAAAGUUAAUAAUUCUACAUGUAAUUUUGGAAAACACAAAAUUCUAAACAUUUAUCUAGUCUAGUUGUAGUGGGCCAUGGUCAGUUAAUUAUAAUGUUACAAGAUAUAUGGUACAUUUAACUUAAGUUUAGUUUUAGUGGUUAGUUAAUUAUAUAUUAAAAGAAUAAUGGCACAGUGGACAUCUUUAUAUACUUUGUAAUAUACUAUUAAUCAUUAUGUAUGCUCAAAAUGUAUAAUAUCUUCUAUGAUUCUUUUAUAUCACAAAUGAACCUAGCCCUUAGGUUAUACCUAAUUACCCGAAUUUUGCUUUUGAUUUGAUAUUACAAGUUGUUGUUGGCUUUUAUUUGAUGUAAAUAAUUUAAGAUUAAUUCACAAUUGAAAGAUCUUUGUAACAGGGCUCUGCUUAUAUAAAUACAUGUUAUAAUUUUUUUGUUUUUAAAAAUGCCACUUUAAAAUAUUAAUACAUUCAAAAGUUCUUAAGGAGGUUGGAUCCUGACAUCAAAAGUAAUGAGGAUUUUUUAUCAAGUAUAUUUUUAGAAUUUAUACACAUAGCUUAAUUAAAAACCAAAACAAAAAAUGGGGGUCAAUGCGCUUCUUUUGGCGCUACAGAGCAUUUAGUUUGACCUUUUUGCACUGUAAAAACGUAUUACACAUAAAUCAAUUUUUUAAGUUUUUCCUCCGAUAUUUUUUAUUCAAAUAAGUUAUGGGAACAAACACAGUUUUAUUUCAUCUUGAAUAGACCCAUUAAAAUUUUU